UAUCAUCGCGUUGUGCCGCGUUCCACGGGGUACCGGGGAAUUCUAGUGUUUCAUUGAAACGGUAUUUGUUUUAGCAGCUCCCGUCUGUCUUCUGAAGAGCUGAAGGGCCUGUCAUGUGAUGUGACAACCGCCAGGGAACGACUGCGUGUACUUUCUGCACUACGUGUUAAUGGGUUCUUCUUUGUCAAAUCAAGACUCAUUAUCAGGAUCGUAAACACAAGUACAAAAGAAACAAUUUAGGAAACAAUCAUGAACCCAAGCCGGUCGAAAAUACUGUCUCCCAGAAAGUCAGCAGAGCUGAUUGCAUCCGAAUCUAAACAUGUAACUAUUCUGGAAAGUGGUGUGCAAAAGCUAGCCCAAAAGAUAUAUGAAAAGUUACAGGAUAAGACGAUCAGCAUUGAAAUGUUUUCACAACAUGAAUUACAUCCACCGUCAUCAGACCCAUCAGCGGUGGACUGGAUAUUUGUUGUUGAUACCCUGAACUUUUGUUUCUGGUCUCCUGACGGUGCUCAUUAUACUGUUUCAUAUAAAGGCAAAAAGUACACAGGAUACUUUGCUCUGUGCGCAGCACUUAAUCGGGCAAAGGAUGCUGGUAAAGCUGUCACUGACCCUAAGUUUUACUCGCAGAUAACAUCCAAAGAAGUGAAAGAAUUGCUUCAGGGUGAUGAUGGUAGUGCACCUUUACCAUUGAUAGAUGAGAGAGCUGAAUGUUUACGUCAAGUAGGUGCCUGUCUCCUGGAAAAAUAUGAAGGGUCUUUUAUUAACUGUCUGAAAGCUUCUCAUGGAUCUGCUGAAAGCCUAUUAAACCUGAUUGUCAAUGAAUUUCCUUGUUUUAGAGAUGAAGCAAUAUUUAAGGAAUUUCAAGUUUCAUUCUACAAGAGGGCGCAAAUUUUAGUAGGAGACAUAUGGGCAUGUUUCAAAGGGAAAGAUUUAGGAUUUUUCAGUGACAUUGACCAGAUAACAAUGUUUGCAGAUUACAGAGUACCUCAAGUUUUGGUCCAUUUUGAAGUGAUGCAGUAUUCUCCUGCUUUAUUAAAUGUAUUGGAGACAGGUGGGAUAAUGGAAAGUGGUUGUCAAGAAGAAAUUGAGAUAAGGGGGUGUUCGAUUCAUGCAGUUGAGUUGCUUUCUUCAAGUGUCAAGGCUAUCUUGUCUAAGGCCAACAGGACAGAUCAGUUCAUUGUAAAUUCAAUUAUCAUCGAUCAUUUCUUGUGGGAUUUCCGGCGACAAUAUGCUCAAGAGUUGUCAAGCAUUCCUUUUCACAAAGUGGUGUCGAUAUACUAUUAACAUGUCUCUGGUUUGGCUGAGUUUGAAGUUAUGUGGAAAGGUUAAACUGGAGCUGAAAGAAAUAAUGUUUUCUAUGUUUUCUCAUUGAUGAAAAUUUAAUACAGCACUAAAAAUGUAGCCAA